CCAAGAUCAACAUCUUUCCCUCUUGAAUGAAUCUGUGAGGAGCAACAAACAAACACACCAAAGAACACCAAGCAACAAGAUAAUCCAAGCACAAAAAUAAAGCGAUAUGAGGCACGAGAUUUUAACGUGGAAAACCCUUUCAAUGUGAAAGAGUAAAAACCACGAGACCCUUCGGUCCAACCAACUCCACUAUCACCAAAUUGAGAGUACAAAUGCACAAUAUAACAGCACCACAAUGAUAUCUAGCCCUUAACAACACUACGAAGGCACUAGAAUCAAAAUAGAGGAACAAAAGUGUAACAAAUCACCAAAAAAACAACAGAUGGUGCGAAGCUCAUAACUUGAGAUUGAACCGUUGAAAUUCGAUCUCCACCGUUGAGAUUGAAGCUCCACAAGUCCUUAGACUCCUCCUAAAAUUUCAGCUCGAUCGGACAAGAUUUGGACCUCCGAUCGACCAAAAAACCAGGUCUGCGUUUUUCAGAAAAAACCAGCGGCUCUCUCUCUUCUUGCGGCUGUUUUUCUCUUCUCUUUUUGUGCGUGAAUAAUUGUUUUUCAACCAGCUGUACUCCUCAAAUUAGACCCUUAAUUUUCAUCAAAAGUGGACUAAAUAUUGGGCUUGAGAUAUGACGGCGGCGACGGCGACGGCGUUCCCGCCGGGUGAGAGAAGCGGAAACGGUGUGCAUUACAGGGGUGUGAGGAAAAGGCCGUGGGGGAGGUACGCGGCGGAGAUCAGAGAUCCCGGGAAGAAGAGCCGCGUUUGGCUCGGGACUUUUGACACCGCCGAGGAGGCGGCCCUGGCCUACGACAAUGCCGCCAGGCAGUUCCGCGGCGCCAAGGCGAAAACCAAUUUCCCUCUGGCGGCGGAGCGGAUUCCUCUCGAUUUCUGCGCCCAAUUCGGCGUGAGCAAAAUUACAUCGGAGAAGACCGGCGGAGGCGGCGGUGGAGGGGGAGGAAAUAGCAACCGCAGUGCCAGCCAGUGCAGCACCGUCGAAUCCUCCAGCCGCGACGGCGGUCGUUUCUCUAGGGCCGCGUUGGCCGAUUCGUCUCUGUUGGAUCUCACCGUCGGCGGAUCUGUCGGUAGGGUAACCGCGGUCAAGCUUCCGUACCAGAACCACCAGUUCCACGGCGCACCAGUAGUCGUCAGCGGGUACCCGGCCACCGCGCAUCCGGGCCACCACGUGUUUUAUUUCAACGCGCUGGCGCGUGCCGGGUCAAUUAACCCGCCCCUCAACCCGCAAUUUUCUUCGCCGAAAUUACACAAAUCCGCCGGCAACGCCGCGGCGCAGAGCGAGUCCGACUCGUCCUCGGUGGUCGACAUGAAUCGGGAUCUUAAGCCUAACAAAAGCAUCGUUCUAAACCUCGAUCUCAACCUCCCACCGCCGGAAACUUUGUGAACCGCCCGGCCGGUCCAUUUCCCCAUUAAAUAAUCUUCUCUUUAUUAUGUAAAUCUUAGACCAAAUUAAGAACUUGAAGCAUUCUGUAAGUUGUCAUCACCGUCGGUUUGAAUACAAAGAGCCGAUUUCUCUUCAUUCAGAUUUUGUGCGGCGGUGGAAGCGGCGGAACGGCGGCGGGUGGACUUGAGUGGGGGUUCUUCGAAAUGGAUAUGGCGCGUGUGAGCACGUGAUAU